AUGUGUCCCCGAUCUCGGUCCAUUCCUCUCCUCUGUCAGAUUCCCGAGAUGUCACGGAACAAGGAAAGUGUUCAGCUGCGACUCUCCACGAUUCAGAAGUUCUGUGGCUGCUACGAGCAAGCUGGACGUCAACGCACUAGCGGCCAGUCGGAAGAUGAUGUCUUGGCCUUGGCGUACAAGUUCUACUCUCAAGAUCAGAGGUCUAACUUCACCUUGGACCAUGCAUGGAGGAAGCUUAGGAACGAUCAGAAAUGGUGUGACUUGACUAGAGAGAAAGGCAAAACGCAGGCGAAAAGAUCACAGCCUGAGGCUUCCGGAGCAGGCAGUCCUAUGGAGGAGCAAGCGGAAGAGAGGCCAAUGGGUGUGAAGGCGGCAAAGGCAGCGAAGUUCAAGGGAAAUAAAGGUGCAAAGCCAACAGCUGAGGCUAGAGAAGCUUCUUUAAAUAACAUCAAGAACGCUAUGGCAAUAAGGGACAAGUUAGCUGAUAAGCAGCUGCUACAUAGUCUUCUAGAAAGAACGGAACCUCUAACAGAGAUGGAAUUAGAGCUUAAGAACAAGCUCCAAUACCUUGAGAACAGAUUGAAUUAUCUUGCAGCAGUGAAGGAGAAGGCAGAGAAUCCAUACCCACACAAAUUUUCUGUGUCCAUGUCUGUCUCUGAAUACAUUAACAAGUAUACUAGUUUAAGCGACGGAGACCAUGUUGAAGACGACCAAGUUUCUAUAGCCGGUAUCUUCCCAAGAUCUUUCUUUGUCUUGUCUCAUUGCCUCCACAUGUUGCCGAGUCAAAAAGUUGCAUCCCCCGAGCCACGUCCAGCUCCCAUAUUAAGACACGACAACCAAAGCAGCGACCUCUCCUCCGCCAUAGCCGACAUGAGAAGAGAGUCUUACUACGGUUUCGCCAUCCUUCUCCACGUCCUCAACGAUUCAAAUUUCUUCAGGAACCAAGAGAUCACUUUCUUGAUGCCUAGCGACGACGAUCUUUCUCAAGCGGACAUGACUCAAGAGAGUCUCGAGAGAUUUAUCAUGAGGCACACCAUCCCUGCUUGGCUUAUGAUCAACCACAUGCUUCGUUUUCCAAACAGAACGCUUGUUCCUUGUAGCAUCCCUGAUCGAAUGUACACCAUCACGAAAUCCGGUGGGUCCGGGAUUUUUGUGAACAAUGCGAGGAUUGUUUCUCCAAAUGUUUGUCAAAAUUCUCGCAUUUCUUGCCAUGGAAUCAGCAACGUUAUUUCAUUCGGUGACGACUACCUUGCGAAGGCAAUGUUGUCACCCAAAAUGUUAUCAUCGGUUCGCGGAAGAAUCAAUUCGUCCAGGCACUGA